AUGCCGGAAAAACUCCCCUCAAAAUACAUAGCCAGUGCUGGCGACAUUGAGACCACUUAUGCCUACGAUGGUCUAGGUACCAUGCAGGAUCCGUUUGUGGUCGAGUUCUAUGAGGGCGACUCUGAAAAUCCCAUGAAUUGGUCUUCAUUCAGGAAAUCGGCAAUCGCAGCAAUCGUAACCCUAUCCGUCUUUGCUGUCACGUUCACAUCCUCGGCAUAUUCCGAAUCCUCCAUCGAACUUAUGCAAGACUUAAAGAUGGGAAGCGAGAUUUUUAUACUCGGCCUUUCUCUGUUUGUACUUGGAUUUGCCAUUGGACCAGCCCUCUGGGGUCCUUUGUUGGUGGUGCUAUCCGAACUUUACGGUCGAAGAAUCCUAUGGCUGGUCUCCCACAUUGCUAUGGUAGCCUUCAUCGGAGGUUCUGCGGGGAGUAAAAACAUUGCUACGCUUAUGGUCACACGUUUCCUUGGUGGUACCUUUGGUGGUUCCCCUCUGGUCAACUCUGGUGGAACAAUUGCAGACCUCUUCCCGCCAGCCCAGAGAGGACUUGCUAUGACGCUUUACUGUGUUGCGCCCUUUCUUGGCCCAAUCCUGGGUCCAAUUGCAGGAGGGUUUAUCUCCGAGAAUGUUAGUUGGCGAUGGGUUCAAGGAGUAUGCACUAUCUUUAUUGGAGUGAUAGGACUUCUCGGCGUGGUUUUUGUACCAGAGACAUACGGACCGGUGCUUUUGACCAAACGGGCCAAUCAAUUGUCAAAGGCCAAUGGCAAAGUUUAUCUCAGCAUACUCGACAUCAGACAGGGGAAAAAGAGACCUUCCGAAGUGUUUCAAAGAGCUCUAGUAAGGCCAUGGGUAUUACUUUUUCAAGAGCCGAUCGUAUUAGUGGCCUCACUUUAUAUGGCAAUCAUCUACGGAACUGUAUACAUGUUCAUGGGUGCUAUGCCUUUUGUGUACAACGAAGGCCGGGGGUGGAGUGAGGGUACAGGAGGUCUGGCAUUCUUGGGAAUAGCCGUUGGGAUCAUAUUCGGAUUGAUCUAUGGCAUAUGGGAUAAUCACACCCGCUACAUGAAGCUAUUCACCUCGAAAUCAGCAACUGCAGAAUCCCGCCUACCCCCCGCUAUAGUGGGAGCUAUUGCUCUACCAGUGGGGAUGUUCGCUUUUGCAUGGACCAACUCUCCCAGCAUUCACUGGUCAGCCAGCAUUAUUCUCACUGCGCCGUUCGGCUUCGGAUGCGUUAUUGUCAUCCUUCCAAUUGUGAACUAUCUCAUCGACUCGUACACGAUUUACGCAGCAUCGGUCCUUGCUGCGGCAGCUAUAUUUCGCUCUGUUGUUGGUGCUGUGUUUCCCUUGUUCACCACUCAGAUGUACCAUAAUCUGGGGAUUCACUGGGCAUCAUCGGUUCCGGCAUUUUUGGCCUUAGCUUGUGUGCCGUUCCCUUUGGUCAUGUACCACCAUGGUGCUGCAUUGAGAUUGAAAUGCAAGUAUGCGUUUGAGGCAGCCGAAUUGAUGAGGAAGAUGCAGAUACAACAAGUUGUCGCUUCAAACCAGAGGGAAGAAACCGAUCCAUCUGGUUAA